GAUUCGGAUUGCGUCACCCACGCCUUGAUGACUGGAAAUCUCGAUAUGCUCAAACGCGCUCAUCGCUUCGGCGCAGAUAUCGCCAAAGCGUAUCCUGUGGCAGUGCUGGGAUAAGAAGAACCACCACCAUCAGAUCCCAUGGACCGCUACUUCCAACGUCGUAUAGGUUGUGGUAUGAGCUAUUUGAACCUCGAUAGGAUGACGACUUGGGGUACGCCGCUGUACCAAGCUGCUGCAGGAGGUAACUUGACGAUGGUCAAGUGGCUUCUAGAGCAGAAAGUCGACGUUGAUGGCCCCGGAAGAAGCGUGUGCCAUUGUAUGCCGAUCGGUAAGAGGGCAUCGGGCCGAUUCGCCCGCUCGUUCUCCGCCUCCUACCGUCCUGCCUAUACAUUUUCUACAUAUAGCCCUCUGCCAACGAUACGGCGCCAUUGCUCGCCUCCUGCUCUCUGCCGGAGCCUCUCUGGUGACUCAGGUAUAGGGUGAGUACGCCAUGAAGAGGUCUCCUUUCUGGGACCCGGAAUUGGGUGCGGAAACAAG